GAAAAGAGAUGUGAUUUGCUACAACUUCGGCGUCAUCUAAAGACCCUCCUUCUGUUCUCUUCUCGACCAAUAGUUACCCCCAAACAAAAACAUAAACCAAAUUAUUUACUGUGACUGUUGCACUACUUUACUCCACACCAAAAAUGGCCAACUCAGAUAUCUCAUACGCCGAACUGAAGGCCCUCCUGGGGAAGAGCGAGAGUCUACUGCUGGUGGAUGUCCGCACCAAAGAGGAAGUGGAUAAAGGCCACAUUCCAGGAUCCAUCCACAUUCCAGUUGAUUCGGUGGAAAGUGCACUGUCACUUGACCCUGCAGAGUUCAAGGCCAAGUACGGUGUGUCCAAACCCCCUCUGGAUGCCCCCCAGUUUGUCUUCCACUGUCAGAUGGGGCGUCGAGGGGCCAUGGCAACGCAGAAGGCGCAAAGCAUGGGAUUCCAGAAGGCUUCUAACUAUGCUGGGGGAUACAAGGAGUGGUCUGAUAAAGAAGGAAAAUGAAAAGAUAAGAUUUGUGGAAAAUUACCUUAAGGGAAAUUUGGGCAUAUUGACGCACAAGCCUCACUAACGGAAAAACACAAACGUACAAGAAAUGUGUAUUUAUAGCCUAUUUGGAUUUAUAUUUGUCAUGUGUCUCUAAUAUUUUGUUUUAGAAUAAAAUCAUUAAAUGCUA